CUUGACCACCUGUGCUGUUUUUUACCCCUCAGUCAGUCUUAAUUGCUACAUUACAGCAUGGCAAGAUUUACUAAUUAAAUACCAUCUGCAUAAACAUAAACGGAUUACAAAAGAACAACAACUGCAUAAAAUAUUAACCUCGAAUUGUCUCGACAUGGAUAAAUACGACUGAAUCACUGUACUCUGUCAUCCAGCUAAAACUGGGCUGAUUUAGAUUUCAAUGCGUAAAACCGUUAAAACAACAAUCGUAUGGAAAUAUUUAACGCAUAAACAACAAGUCUCUCAGUCAUAAUAAUAACUAGUUUGUUAAAUAGUCCUAUUCUGGGCGGUGAUGGGGUCAUCUCAUCGAUUGGUUAAUUGUUGAUUCGGAAAAUUUCCGCAGUUGGAAAUUGGAUUAAAAAGGUUCCCCAUAAAACUGGGAGGAGAAGAAAAUCAUGUCGUCAGUGAGAGAUACUUCGGAAGGAGGAGAAGAAUUAGGUCGGGACAUUAACGAGGACAAUAACCAGUUCUUAGCUGCAAUAAUGGAAACUUCGUACCGUUCUGGGGACAUUGUUUCAACGGAGGAACGCCGUCUCACCCUUGCCUAUGAAGGCCUUAUUCAUCCCCCCGUAAAUCUCCUCUCAGAUUAUGGCCCGAUUAUUGAAAUUUUGGAUUUGUCGCAUAAUUCGAUUUCGAAUUUGGACUUUCUGUCUCACUUUUCCUCUCUCACGACUCUGAUUUUGGACCACAACUGCGUCUCUGAAAAUUCUGCUUUUCCGCCACUCCCACUUCUGAGCACGCUCUGGUUGAAUAACAACCUCAUCUCGAACCUCCACCCCUUCAUUCCGCUGCUUGGGAGGGGCUGUGGACGGCUGAGGACGUUGAGCUUGAUGGGGAACGAGGGAGCCCCCAGCUAUCUGAAUGGAGGGACGUAUUACCAGUACUUGCAGUACCGUCUCUUUGUCAUCUCCUGGAUGGAAGAGUUGGAAUAUUUGGAUGAUCGUCAGGUGACGAACGAUCAACGUCAAGAAGCGACGCGACUUUAUGGGCGAAAAUUGAUCCGAUCUUUGAAACAAUCUCUUCAACUUUACACUCCUUCCGAAGUCAUGCGACGAUUUCGGACCCUGUUCACCAACAAAUUUCCCAGAUUUGGGGACAACACGACAAACAGAACCGGAAAUAAUGAAGACGAAGCAAUCGAGACCUACUUCGGAGAAGGGAUCCAAGUUCAAGAAAUGGGCGUUUCCGGUCUGUUUAUGUCUGACUCGUCCUCCGCCGCGUCUUCGUCAACGUCUCUAAAUCAUCUCGGGGGGUCGGAAAACUCGUCGUUUGACCCGGACCCUUCUAUACGCGGAGUCAAGUAUAGAGGCACCGUGGGGAAAAAUCUUGUAAUUUAGAUACGUUUUAGCUUAUAGAUUUACUGACUCAGUAAUAUUUUUAAUUUUAUUACUGAAAUUUUGGUACUGUUAUUUUUUAAUAAAGAUUUCGCACUUCAUAUGAA